UGCUAUGUAUGUGUAAUUUGUAAAUAAGAGAUAACAAGGACAGUAUUAGAAAGUAUAAAUCACAAUCUCAUGCCCCUCAAAUCCAUUUAUCAAAGCUAGGUUUAUCUUAGGCAGGAACACUAUGAAAUUAUCAGAAAUGCAAGACAAUCUCAUGCACAUUGAACUCAUGAACUUAAUAUAUUAUUAAAAUUAGCAUUUUUACAUUUAUAAAUUAGUAUAUUUCAAGUUAUAAAAAGAUAUAGUUAAAUCAUUUUAAUUUGGGAUGAUGGUAAAAUGUGAAUAAAAAUUUGUCAUCUUAUCUUGUCUAACACAGUCUCCUCUUUCCUAUCAGUAUAAAUUUUAGGGGAGAAAGAAUCAUGCCUCUAAGUAGUUACAAUACAAACGCAUAUGAGGGAAAUGUGGGACUAGGGUCUAGGGUUCUCACUGACUAAGUAAAAUUAAACAUGGAGAAAAUGGUUACAAAGAAAUAAGAUAAAAACAGAUUUUCAAAUAAAUAAAUAGAUAAACUAAAAAUAUAAUAUUCAGGUGUUCUCACGUGACCCAUAAAACUGAGCUUAAUAUUCAGGCCUGGUUUAAUGUCAGUGACACAUAAAACAGAACUUAAGUUUUGUUUUUCACCAUUCUAUUAAUCUUGCCAAACCUUAAUUUAGUUCUUUUCACAAAGCUUCUUUGUUAGAUUGAAAGAAAGAAUGGGCAAGUAUGGUGAGGGAUGUGCCAUAGGAAUUGACCUUGGCACCACGUACUCAUGUGUUGCAGUUUGGCUGGAGCAACAUGGCAGAGUAGACAUCAUUCACAAUGAACAAGGCAACAAAGUAACUCCCUCCAUUGUUGCUUUCACAGAUGAUCAAAGGUUGAUUGGUGCUGCUGCCAAGAAUCAGGCUGCUACGAACCCUGAGAACACUGUCUUUGAUGCUAAGAGGUUAAUUGGUAGGAAGUAUAGUGAUCCCAUUAUCAAAAAUGAUAUGAUGUUAUGGCCAUUCAAGGUUAUUGCGGGUGUUGAUGACAAAUCCAUGAUUGUUGUUAAGUAUCACGGUAAGGAGAAGCAUCUUUUUGCUGAGGAAAUAUCAUCCAUGGUUCUCACGAAGAUGCAAGAAAUUGCUGAGGCAUAUUUGGAGUCACCUGUUAAGAAUGCAGUUAUAACUGUACCUGCUUACUUUAACGACUCUCAGCGCAAGGCCACAAUAGAUGCUGGUGCCAUUGCUGGCCUCAAUGUUAUGCGUAUAAUCAAUGAGCCCACAGCUGCCGCUAUUGCAUAUGGCCUUGACAAGAGAGCUAAUUGUAAGAAACAGAGAAAUAUAUUCAUCUUUGACCUUGGUGGUGGUACUUUUGAUGUGUCUCUCCUUACAAUUAAAGGAAAUGAAUUCAAAGUUAAAGCCACUGCUGGAAACACACACCUAGGAGGAGAGGACUUUAAUAACAGAAUGGUGGAAUACUUUGUAGAAGAGUUCAGAAGGAAGAGCGAAUUGGAUAUUAGUGGAAAUCCUAAAGCCCUGAGGAGGUUGAGAAGUGUUUGCGAGAGAGCCAAAAGGACACUCUCAUGGACUACAUGUACCACAAUUGAGGUGGAUUCUUUAUUUCAGGGCAUUGAUUUCUGUUCCUCAAUCACUCGUGCAAAGUUUGAGGAACUUAACAUGAACAUGUUUAGAGAAUGUAUAGAGACAGUGGAUAGGUGCCUCAGUGAUGCCAAGAUGGACAAGAGUAGUGUACAUGAUGUUGUCCUUGUUGGUGGAUCUUCUAGGAUUCCAAAACUGCAGGAGUUAUUGCAGGACUUUUUCAAGGGGAGGGAUCUGUGCAAGAGCAUCAACCCUGAUGAGGCUGUUGCAUAUGGUGCUGCUGUCCAGGCUGCUUUACUGAGUGAAGGCAUUAAGAAUGUUCCAAACUUUGUGCUGUUUGAUGUUACACCAUUGUCUCUUGGUAUAUCAGUAAAAGGAGAUAUUAUGAAUGUGGUGAUUCCUAGGAAUACUACCAUUCCUGUAAAGAAGACGAUGGGUUACCAUACACGUGUAGAUAACCAAUCCAGAACCUGGCGGAGUCAGGUUUCUGAGGGCUACAGAGCUAAAACCCGGAUUCAGGUUUAUGAGGGUGAGAGAGCAAGAGCAAGUGAUAACAAUUUGUUGGGUUCUUUUCAUCUUUCUGGCUUAGCUCCUGCUACUCGCGGCCAUAUAUUGGAUGUAACGUUCGCUAUAGAUGAAAAUGGUAGACUAACUGUUUCUGCUAAAGAAAGAACAACAGACAAUGAGAAUGAGAUCACCAUAACCAAUGACAGAGAAAGGUUGAGGACUGAAGAAAUUAAAAGACUGAUUGAAGAAGCUGAGAGUUUUCAGGCCGAAGAUAAAAAAUUCCUUAAGAAGGCCAAUGCAAUGAAUGCUUUGGAUAACUACAUUUACAAGAUGAGGAACGCUUUGAAGAGUUGCUCAGAAGAAAAUGAGAAGAUUAGUUCUGCAAUUACAAAGGCCACAAAUUUGCUUGAUGGUGGUAAUAAUCAGCUACAUGAAACAGAGGUGCUUGAGGAUUAUCUAAAGGAGCUUGAGAGCAUGUUUCAACAUAUUAUAGGUAAGAUUUGUUAGUUCUUUUCAUUUUAGAGUUUUAUUUUUUCUUUUCAUUUUAAACUUGCCAUUUUGUUUGGGAUAAGCCGGUGGUACCGUGGUUAACUUAGUCCAUGUUUGGAACAAGUUGUGUAGUUACGUUUUAAGGCCAAAAUCAAUUUGAGACAAUGUCCUGUUGCUGCUAUUUGCUUCUAUGCAGUACUAGAGUUUAUUCAAACAGAGGGAAAUCAAACAUGCUGUUAGAAUUUGUGCUUGUUAGUUGUUAUGUGUGUUGUAUUCUUUAGUCACUUCUUGCUUUAUUAUU